CGGCUGCUACUAUGAUUGUUGGACUUUGGUUUCAGUCGCAGCAAGCAAGGGUGCAGGACCCGACCCUCCUCCCCCAAACCCCAAUUCCUCAUUCCCAAUCGAGGGAAAUUUUUUGAAGAAAAUGCCGUUUAUUUCACAAAUUGAACGCCAAUCCGAUUACAAUCUUGUCCCCUCCACCACUCCCAUUGUCAUCGACAAUGGCGCCUCCUAUUUCCGUAUCGGAUGGGCAGGAGAGACAGAGCCUCGAGUUAUUUUCCGCAACAUUGUUCAGAGGCCACGGCAUAAAGCUACUGGUGAAACUGUCACUAUUGUUGGUGACCAUGAUCCUGCAUUGUUGAAGUACUUCGAUUGCACUCGCUCAGGACCUCGCUCAGCUUUUGAUAGCAAUGUUGUUUAUCAGUUUGAAAUAAUGGAAUAUAUUCUUGACUUUGCCUUUGAUCGGAUGGGUGCAAACGGAUCAGAGAUUGAUCAUCCUGUCCUGAUCACGGAAUGCGUAUGCAACCCUGUUCAAUCCCGUAGUAAAAUGGCAGAGCUUCUUUUUGAGACUUAUGGAGUUCCAUCUGUAGCAUUUGGUGUUGAUGUUGCAUUCAGCUAUAAGUAUAAUCAACGACUUGGGGUUUGUGAUAAAGAUGGUCUUGCUAUCUGCCCAGGAUUUACCACAACUCAUGUAAUUCCGUUUAUUGAUGGGGAGCCUGUUUAUAAUGGAAGCUGCCGAACUAAUAUUGGUGGAUACCACAUCACUGAUUACUUGAAGCAGCUUCUUUCACUUAAAUACCCUCAUCACAUGGCCAGGUUUACAUGGGAGAAGGCUGAAGACCUAAAGAUGGAGCAUUGUUAUAUUGCACCGGAUUAUUUUUCAGAAGCUCAAUUGUUUCAGAAAGGGGCCAAGGAAGCUGAAGAUAAAACCAGGUGUUGGCAGCUUCCAUGGAUUCCACCGCCAGCUGAGGAGGCUCCUUCAGAAGAAGAGAUUGCAAGAAAGGCAGCCAUAAAGGAGAAACAAGGUCAACGGUUGCGAGAAAUGGCCGAGGCAAAGAGGUCAUCUAGGAUAAAUGAACUAGAAAAUGAAUUGCAUGAUUUGGGAUUUCUUUUACAGCAGCUCGAACAAGUGGAAGAGAAUGAUAUUCCAUCUUUCCUGUCAGAGACUGGCUAUGUCUCCAAGCAGGAAAUUGAAGCUGCCCUUGCAAAAGUCACCCAAUCUUUACGAAAAGCAAAAGGUGAACCAAAGGGUGACCAAGCUGAAGCUGAGGACAAGGCAGAUCUUGCCACAAGUGAAAAGUUUCCUCUCAUCAAUAUCCCUGACGACAUGCUGACGCCAGAGCAGCUCAAGGAAAAGAGGAGGCAGUUGUUUCUUAAAACCACAUCUGAAGGCCGGCAGCGAGCCAAACAAAAACGCUCUGAAUCGGAAUUAGAACGAGAAAGGAAAAGCCAACAAGAUGAAGAAAAACGCUUAGAGAACCCAGAGCUUUAUUUAGAGCAGUUGCGUGCUAGAUAUAAAGAUCUUUCUGAGAAAGUUGAGCAGCGGAAACGACUUAAGACAAAUGGGAACCAUACAAAUGGAAAUAAUUUUUCAGGAGGUGUCGGUCGUGGUGAGAGAUUGAAUGCAGCCCAGAGGGAAAGGAUGCGCCUUUUAACUACAGCAGCCUUUGAUCGAGGAAAGGGUGAGGAUACUUUUGGUGCCAGGGAUGAAGAUUGGCAACUCUACAAAUUGAUGAGCAAAGAUAAUGAUCAUGAUGACGAGGGACUCGAUCAGGAUGAAGCAGAAGUGGCUCGUAUCUCUUCUAGGCUCCAGGAAAUAGAUCCAACAUUCAUUCCCAAGCCAGCAGAAUUAGGAACCUCCCAACCUGUUGAAGUACCACGGCUUCGUCCUCUCACCAAGGAAGAUUUCCAGAUCAUUCUUGGGGUUGAAAGGUUCCGAUGCCCUGAAAUUUUAUUUCGCCCCAACUGGAUAGGGGUGGAUCAGUCAGGGUUAGAUGAGAUGGCUGGGGUCUCAAUAAGGAGGUUGCCAUCUGUGGGCCAAGAUGUGGAGGAGAGACUGACCGGUUCAAUACUUAUGACUGGUGGGAGUUGUCUUUUCCCUGGUAUUAGUGAGCGCUUGGUAGCUGGAAUUCGGAUGAUUAGGCCAUGUGGGUCACCUAUAAGGGUGGUAAGAGCAUUGGAUCCAGUUCUUGACGCAUGGCGUGGGGCUGCUGCUUAUGCCACUGCUUCACAAUUUCAAACACAAACUUUCAGUAAAGCGGAUUAUUAUGAGAAGGGUGAAGAUUGGCUUCGCCAAUACCAAUUGCGGUAUACAUUAUAAAUGAUUCGAUCACAGUACAUUGAUGUAUAUCUUCUUUUACAUUAGAUGACGCCAAAUUAAUUAAAUUCUAGACUAGUUUUUGAGGUCC